AUGAAAAUUAAAAGCUUAAAUGAUGAUGCUAUUUUAUUUAUUGAUGAUCCAGAGAAGUACAAAGUUGCUCAAGAACGAACUCUAAAAGAACAAGAAAAUAUCAGUAAUUUUAUAAUAUGUGAAAAUUGCUUGGUACCUUUGGAAUCAUUAACAUUGAUUCAGUCACAACAAGUUCUUAACAUCAUUGAAUAUUUAUAUAAUUGCCGUAUUAUUCAGCGUGAUUUACGUCCAGAUAAUUUGAUGUUAGAUUCAAGUCAAGAACAUUUAAAAUUAAUUGAUUUUGGUUUUGCUACAACUUAUGAAAUCGAUGAAAUGACAAAGCAACUGCCUAUUGAAGGAGCAGUUUCAUAUGCUGGCGUAAAAUUGCUAAAACGUUACUACAAUUUACUCUUAUGA